GUCUAUGAUUCAUGAAUGAAGCUCGUAGUUUAUCGAAUGUGGAAAUGUUGUUAUUAUUUCAAAUGUUGGGAAACGUGCCCAGUUUUGUUAUAUGAGAGAUUUACUGUGUUUAGUAUAUUAUUUUUUACAUUCCUAGAAAGAUGGAAGGUGGUAAUAACUGUCCAGUAUUAGUGUCCUGUAAGAAACUGAAAACUGAAUUUGCUGAAUUUUAUAAAAUACCUCUAACCUCAGACAACUUUUCACUAGGGCGAGGAUUGAAGAAUUCUGUUGUUGUACCAUUUAUUUCAAUAUCGAGGAAUCAUUGUCUCUUCAAAAAAGUUGAAAACAAGUGGACUAUUGAAGAUAACAGCUCGUUUGGUAUUAAAGUGAACGGGGAGACAUUAGGCAAAGGGUUUUCCAAAACAUUGUGUGAUGGAGAUGUCAUAUUGCUAGAAGGAUCAGAAGAAUUUGUAUACAAGUUCACAUAUCCAUCAGGAGACGAAUUUGAAGUACCAAGAAAGCGUAUGAAAAUGGACGAUACCAGUCCAAAUAACAAAAUAAUUAAUGAUGUCAAGAUGAAAUUUGAAGAGUCACAAACUUGUGAAAUAAAGCACAUUGAAGAAAAAAUACAAAAUGCUAAACAAAUGCAGAACACAUCUAAGAUAUUAAAGCAACAGUUACAAACAGAAAUGAAUAGGAAAAUACUUCACCUAGAGAGUGAGUUUGCCUUACAAAUAGAAAAUUUAAAAGGAGAGAAAAAUGAAGUAGAGCGACAAAAAACAAUACUUGAAGAAGAGAGAGAUGCACAGCUUGCUACCAUCAAGCAUGAAAUGGAAAACAAAAUAAGUGAACUCAUGGAACAAAUUCAGAAGCACAAUGAAUCUGAAUCAGAAUUAAUAAAGGAAAAUAACUUACUCAAAGAGAAACUAAUGAAGGAGAGGGAAGAGUUUCUACUAGAACUUAGUAGAGAAAACACAUCAAAACAAGAAAUUCUGGAGAAUCUAGAGGCCAAAAUAAGAGAACAAGAAGAUGUUAGAUUGAAGGAACGGCAAGAGUUCUUAGAAAUGCUACAAAGGGAAACUGAACAACUUCGAUUGGCUAAGGAAAAGGAAUUGAAGGAAAUAGAAGAACAAAGAAUACAGAGGGAGCAAGCCUUAAAGCUGGAAUUAAAUACUAUUAAAAAGAAUCUCGAGGAUAAAGUGCAACAAACAGAGCAAGAGAAACUAAAGGCUGAGAAAAUGCUCAAUGAACAGAUGGAACAUAUGAAGAAAGUUAGCAAUGAGGACAAAAUUGCUAUGCAGAAAUUGAUGAAAGAAAGAGAAGAUAUAGAGAACAAGUUAAAUGAAGCACAAACCAAUGCUGCAAAAUCACUCGAAGAGCUUCGGACGCGAGUGAUAGACAGAGAGACUGAGCUGGCUGCGUUGGCUGCCGAGAGGAUACAGAAGCAAGCGGAACAGUCUAGUGUAGUUAUUCACACUUUACAAGCACAACUCGAACAGGUAAAAAGUCAACUACACACUGUUGAAACAGAGAGAAACACGAUAUUAGAAAAUAUCUGUGCUCCUGAUAACGCCGGUGAAGGUUCCUCGAAGCAGACGGUCCUGACUGAAAUGGGAGAGCUCAUGGAGAGCGAACUGCAGUGUAGUGUUUGCAAUGAACUAUUCGUGGAAGCCACUACACUCAACUGCUCCCAUACCUUCUGCAAAUAUUGUAUCUCUGUUUGGAAGAAGAAGAAAAAAGACUGUCCUAUUUGCAGAGCGCCAAUCACAUCAGAAUGCAAGAGCUUAGUUUUAGACUCAUUCAUAGAGAAGAUGGUGCAAAGUCUCAGCGAGGACAUGAAACGAAAACGAAAAGACAUUUUAGAUAAUAGAAAAGAACUCGAGUCUGAACUGGCCCGGCAGUCCGUCGCGAACUCCAACCGCCGAAGAAACAGCGCUGACGAGAGCUCCGAGUUUUCCGACUUCAACGACAGCGAAUACUACGAGGAACAGGAGGAGGAACAGGAGGAGGACGACUACUACGGAUUCCACGACGGCUUCUAUGACUCCGAUGGUAGUGGAUUUGACAGUGACGCCGACGAGGAAUCGGCAGCCGGAGGUAGUAGUGGUGGUGGCGCGGCGCUAGUGGCGGGGCUGCCGGACGCGUACUACGGCGGCUACGGGCGCUGCUACCGCUGCGGCGCGCGCGGCCACUGGGCGCCCGGCUGCCCGCGCCGCUAGUCGCAACAGCACCGCAACAUACCAAACAUCUCUGAACUCACUUUUGCUACCCUGCGCAGCCGUCGUCUCUCCACAUACAUCUGUCAAAUUUAUUCAAUUGAUUUUCAACCUUAUUACAAUAGUCGGAGAUUAGUGUUCGGUUGAUAAAAUUUGACAGAUCCGUUUAGGUUGACCUGCUGACGUCUGUACACAAAUAUAGAUCUAACUUUUAAAAAUAAAAUUUAGCAAACAGCUGCAUCUUUAGCUAAAAAAAUAUUUGAUACCUUUUUCACUGUUGCGCAGUCUGGUAGCCAAUUUCAGAGAAGCAAAAUUGUUUUGAUGUGAACUGUACAUGCCGUACUCAUGUCGUGUCGCUAUCGAACUUCAAACUACUUAGUAUAACAGUCGCAAUAUGGCCUUAAAAAUUAUCACACUUGAAAGAAUAUUCCUCUUAUCAUGUUUGCCUAAAUGUGUAGCACUAACGAUUUUUUUUAUUAUCUAAAGUUUCAUCUAAUUUUUUAUAAGCUGGUCUUAAUUAAAGCAUUAUUUUGGUGUUCUUAUACCACAUAUGCUUGCGUUCGUGCUACUCAUUUAUGCGAUAGCACCACUUAAAAAACUAGAAUCUCUGAGCUGUACCUAAAUUCUACGGUAAGCUUUUUCAUACAUUUAUAUCAAUUGAUUAAUUUCUCCAUCUAUGUAUCUAGGUACUUAUUAAAAGUAAAAUAAUUUAGUUUGGUACGUACAUCACAAAAGCAUCUGGAUACAAAGCGUAUCUGAGAUUAAUCUGUGAUAACAUAAGGAAUGUUCAUUUUUCUCAAAAUUACCAAGUAUAUAUGUCGAAAUAAAAAUAUUAUGAGCAAGCAAGAUACCUUAUAAAAUGCUUGUUUACUUAUAAUUGUACAAGUGAUGAUUGUCAUUAUUUUUCAAACAUUUUUAUUAUUUGUAUGAUUGACUCAAUUUGUAUGAUUUAUUCAGAGGAAACGUAAACCAGCACUUUUUCGUCUAUCAAUAAAACAGUUAUUUUUUUGCAUUUUUAAUUCUUUAAUUAAAAAAACAACCAAGGCAAAAAUUCAAAAAUAUGUGUAAGUGUCUGGUAUAAGCAAAGAAGAUCUCAUGGAUAGAGAAGCUUCAAAUGGAGUUUUUCCAUAAUAAUAAAUUAAUUUGUCACCCCGAGUCAGGUGCUUUCCACUGAAAAAGACGUUCACGUCAUGUGUAAAUUAAUUUAGGGACGGUUUAUCAGCAACUUUAUCGGUGAAUAAAUUUUUGAGGGAAAACUGAUAGGGUUGCUCAGAAACCGGCCAGAAGAGGUAUCAUUUCUAGAAUGAGUGCAUACGUCACAUGUGCAUACGAAGAAGUAAAUCAAAAGUGUCAUUAAAAUAGCAGAAUAUUUUGUUAUUUACAUGUUUGACAAAAUAUUAUGUUUCAAUGUUACAAUUAAGCUAAUUGAAAGGCAUUUAGACAUGCCUCUGUUACAAUAUUGUUAAAAUUUAUUGUGUGAAUUAUAUGCGGUAAUUAUUUUAAAGGAGAAUGGGCAUUCCUGGACUAUCAGCGACCAGUCAGUAUCAAAUAGCUCUUGUAAUCAGUAAUCAGAAACAAAUAUGCAUUUCUUUCGGUUUUAAAGUAUACCACGAGAAUAGAACUUCAAUGCCGAAAGUCCGCAAGUAUAGAACCCUACUUAAUCAGUUAGAUGUCAGUACUAAAAUGACUGAUAGCCCAGGGUCCAUGCCCAUUGUCCUUUCUAUUGAUCCGAAACUGGACAUAUUGAGGCAAUAUGUCCAGUGUAAGAAUUGUACAUAAAUGUAGAAAUAACUCUAUUCUUAAAAAGUUAUGUAAAAUUGUUAUUAUAGUUAUGAAAAACAAUGAUUGGUAUAUUUUAAUUAAAUCAAUCUUUUGUAAAAAAAAA